AGCGAACCUUAAUCCAUGUUGAAAUCGCGAUUCAAGGAUCCACCAAAACAGAAACACAGCCGCUUCAGAAGUCUGCGAAUGAGGGUAGACUGGCGUGCGUGCCUCGUUUCGAGGUCGUUGUGACGUCAUGCAACCUGUUCAACCACUCGGCAAGAAAACAAAAGACUCCACCCCAUUUCGUCCCACGGCUGGGUUUUGUUGUUUUUAAUUAUUCAUGAGUUCACAGUAACUGCCUUUACGUGUGGGUCGACGCGUGCAUACUGUAGUAGGCUCAGGAAUUGUCUUCGCUCAUUAUCAGGAUGUAAAAGACAAGAGCAGGCUUGUCUUUACAUGGGACUUGUUUUGCGUCAGAUCUAGAUGCAGACACUAUUCUCAGGUAACGCCGGAAGUUAGCGGAUUAUCAUAGUCAAAGCUGUGCUGUUGUAGACGGUUCGGAUUCCCCAUUCUUUCUUGGGGUCAGCGACGACAAGAUGGUUGUACACGAGAAGACAGUGCUGUUGGUGGCGUUGCUGUGCCUUGUACGGUGGGGCACUGGUUGUAACUCGGGCGGAGGACAGUCAGAAACAGAAUACAACUACAACUGUGAGACGAAUCCAUGUACCAAUGGCGGGAUCUGCCAGGACUCGCCUACACAGUACACCUGUAUAUGUAACCAUGGGUUCACGGGGGAGACAUGUCAGCAGGCCGCAAGUACUGGCAGCGGUCACUGCGGUUCUCCGGACAUCAUGCCCAUGUUCCGGGGCUCGGAAAGCCGGACAGCGCUAGGCUGGGUGUCAGACACGCAGAGCAUUGUGGGAGGAGAGCCUGCCUCCCCUGGGUCCUGGCCCUGGCAGGUGUCUCUACAGCUUCGCGGGGGGCAUACCUGCGGGGGGUCCCUCAUCUCCAGCCGCUGGGUGGUGUCGGCGGCUCACUGCUUCGCAGACUUUCCGAACGCUGGAGACUGGAAGGCAGUGGUCGGCAAUCAUGAGCUGAACGCCUGGUUCUCAGGGUCCGGCGAGCAGACUAGGAACAUCAAGAGGAUCAUCGUGCAUCAGCAGUACAACAAAGGCGUCAGACAUGAUUACGACAUCGCCCUGAUGGAGUUGAGCAGCGCUGUGGUGUUGAGUACCCGGGUCAAGCCGGUCUGUCUGCCCGAGGCUGGGCAGGAGGUACCGGCCGGGACGGAGUGUGUCGUCACCGGAUUCGGAUACACAAGAGAAGGAUCAGGAGCAAUAUCGGACACGUUACAGCAGGCCAAAGUCCCGACGGUGGCGCUCAGCACUUGUAGCAACCAGAUGCGCCCCGCCACUAUCACUGCCAGGAUGCUGUGUGCUGGGUACAACGAAGGGGGCAUAGACGCUUGUCAGGGUGACUCUGGUGGACCGCUGGUGUGUGAACUGGACGGUCGGUACGUGUUAAUAGGCGUGGUGAGCUGGGGGUACGGGUGCGCCCGCCCCAACACCCCGGGGAUCUACGCCAAGACGUCCGAAUUUUCCGCCUGGAUCAAGGAUAAGAUACACGAGGUGCAAUAAGCCCAAAACAUCCCAAAUCUGUUCACAUGUUAUUAGAAAAUCAACCACUGCUUGAUAACUACUGUACUUGAAAAUAUAGAAUUGUUAGAUGGACAGAUGAAUACUAGUACAUGAAAUUAGAAUAUUUUGCUACAACAAGAUAUGCUAGGGCAGGAAUAUGGAUGGAUUGGUUUGCCUACAAACACAUGCGUAGUAAAUGUGCAGAUAUUUUAUUUUACUAUAGGACUACAAGCUUAUCAUUACUUGACAACACUGUUAUUUGUAGAUGAAAACUCUGCGCACCCUAAAACUCAAACUCAUAUGAAGGCAAAAAAAAGGAAAAGGAUAUUUUAGAUUUUAAAUCUAAGUGAUGGUGCAUGUUUUAAGAAGGUUUUAACUAACUGAACACAAGUCAGAACAUUUUUUCACAUAUAAGUAAUAAUAUCUCUAUCACUUGUUCCCUAAUUCAGAGGAAGGUUGUAUAAAUCAUUUGGUGGCCAGGUGUAUUGUUUUUCAUCAUAUGUAAGCAGAUUAGGAGUCAAGUAGAAGAUCAAACUUGUCAUAUACAUUUACAAUGUAAAUAGGGUAAGGCUCGCAAGAUAGAUUAGUUUUAUAGAAUUGUAGUUAAGUAGCAGUACAUGCCAUACCUUGUACAUUGUACAAUUGUUGUGAAAUAAAGUUAUGUAUAUCCUGAACUUA